ACACCUGUAGUUAAAAACACCUGCACAUUUGCCGCUAUUAUUUUCACUUAAACAUUUUUACUUAUAUGUGCGUCAAAAGUUUAUUUCUAGUGAAAUUAUAUUUGUCAGUUUUUGGAUGAAGUUUUCAACGUUAUUUUGUUUUGAAGGCAAUGGGAAAUGCGCAAAAUUUCCUUUCUCUAGAAGUUCCCACAAAAGACAUGCGUGUUUCGUUAAGUGAUUCUACUUUAUUGUCUGGAUCAACAAGUAACUCACUAAUCGAUUACGGCCAAAACACUAAACAAAGAAAUGGAAUGUCAGCAUAUUCUGUAAAUACUAAUGACGAAAGAACUUAUGAGUAUGUUCCGAGACAAAAGGAACUUAAAGACAAUAAAGUUGAUUACAACCGUGCAUUUUCAGAUACUCCCCCUUACAUAGAUUGCUACGGUAGUCCAUUAACUUACUCUGACCAAUCUACUGACGGAGAAUCAGGUGUAUCAGAUAUCUUUAAAAACAUGAUACCAAGAGACCGCUUUUCGACGGUCUCAGAAACCAACUCUAUUUUAAUGCAUCCUUUACCAAAUAAAUUAUUAAAUGUCCCUCCAUCUUUAAUGAAAGUACCUGAAAUACCUUAUACUUGUGCUUUAGAUAUUAAUAUAGACUACACUUUACACGUUGGAAAGCUUGUAAUAUAUAUGAAACAAAUUCGAUUUAAUAUUAGUCGUGUUGAAGAAUUUGCGCUAGAAGGUUUCCGAAUUCGUGGGAAAAUCAAAAGUUCUUUGUUAAAUCCUACUAAAGGACAAAGAAACUCGUCAAAUAUAUUUGAAGCUUCUAUUCGCGAUAGUAAGAUAGUGUAUGCUGAUUUAGAUGAUGUUUUUGUGUUUUAUUUAUUUCCAAGAAAUGGAUUAGCUUCAAUGUCUUUAUCUUUCAAAGUUUGUGUUUGUAAAAAGAUUUUUCGCGAAUUUAAUUUAGGAGAAAGUAUUAUGCAACUGGGUGAUCUUGAUCUAAACGCUGAAAUGCUUCCUACAACAAUCACCUUUGGAGAAAAUGUAAAUCUUCCGAAAAAGCCUAAAUCACUUUUAUCCGUUGUGAUGCCAAAAAGCGAAAAACUAGAAAUUUUAGUAUCUUUAGAGUACAAAAUUGAAAUUUCAAAACUUUUUGUAAAUGUAGAUCAAACAACAAAAUUAGAUGAGUUAAGGUAUGAAUCAAAAAGGGAAAUAAUUAUACAAGCUGAACUGGUUUCACCUUCUUGUGAAUGUGUGCAGAGAAAGACAACGUUUUUAAAAAUAACAGAAGAAAACCCUGGUUCAAACAAAGUUUUUCAGUUUGAUUUACCGCAAGAGGAUCUUUUGAUCAACACUUUAAUGCUAAGCGUCUCUUUUUCUGCCACUCGGUGGCUACAACAAGAAAAAAUUGGUUGGAUAGCUUUCGGAAGAAAUUGUAGUGGUCAAGUGGAAGCAGAACAUUGGGAUAUGAUGAUUAGUCAAUCGCAAUUAAAAAAACCUGCCGUACAGUGGCAUUGCUUAUGCGAAAGCCCUGAUACAAACAAAAGUCAUACUUUAAUAACACGCGUGUUUAAAUAAUAUAGUUUUUUAAUUUUG